GGCUCAUUCUAAGCUAGCGAAAGCACAACGAUUCAGAGUUUAAAGUGAUUAACGUUAUGCACUAAUUAAAACAGAAUACAUACUAUAUGUAAUGUCUGCCAAUAUAUCCACUUAGUCCUUUAAAUAUAAAAACAACGAAGAAGAAGGUGGGGAAGACAUAGCGUUACCGUUUUUUUGGGUGGCUCUUCUCCGUCUUUUGCUUCCGACAUAGUAGAAAGUUGUCAGUGGUGGUGUUUUGCUCCUGGUAAAAGUAUAAUGAUGUUCUUACAGGCGUGGUCUUCUUUUAGAAAUGCCUGUUGACUUUUACUUUUCCAGUCCUCACAUGUAGACCACCACAUUACUAACCCCGCUUUUUCAAAUGUCGUCUCCAGAAAAAUACGCCCUGCUCUAUCAGCGUCAUUACGGUAAUUUCAGUUUUGCCUGUCCUCGGAACUGGGAAUGAACGACCGCCAGAGGAUUGUAGUUUCGUGGUUGCACUGCUUUAUUCAGCUUGACGCACAGCAACACUCACAUCAUCCAUAAAAUGUUCCCACAAUCUGACAAACCGAUCUCAAUCAACCACUACACAAUUCACAUCACUAAGCAGCAGAAACAUAACCCCAAAGUGAGGGUAGAUGUUACCCGAUUAUAGUUGUAUUAGACCAGGCAGCCAGCUACCACCUGUGGUCUGACUACUCGUUAUGCGGACUAUCGAGUUAAAUUGUCUUAAACACACCAAGCCACAAGGAGAGAAGACACUCCUCCUACACUUUGUCCUACAUGUCCCACGAUUCUACAUUAUUGAGCCAUUUAACAACGAGUCAUGCCUCGUCCUGUCAGGGCCAAAGCUCCAAUCCAGCAGGGGGCGAGCUCAACAAACGCACGACUGUACCGUAAGUAUGAGGUUAUCUGCGCACGCGGCGGGCACGAGAAGAGUGAGCACGGUGGUAACAAAAUAGCAAAACACUCCACACGUGCACAUCUACUGAUGUCCCCAUUUUAACACCAGGCACCAAAUAUAAUCUAAUGUUGUACACAAACUUGGUUGCAUGUAUUGCAUCCACUGCGGUAUUGAACGUAUUUCCCUUUAUAGAAAUGUACAAACCACAGCAGCCGCUCUGCGGACGGAAGCCGACGCGCUCAGCGGGGGUCAAAGGGCCAUCAGAGCGUUGUCAGGAAACGGCAGAGAGGCGGAGUUUGAGUGGACAUUUGUUAUUGUUUUUAUCGUCGCUCCCUUUCCUCUCUCCGUGAGACAGUCUGGUCGGCCGACCCGCGGGCUGCUUUCCUCAGCGUACAUUGAGAAGUCUCUUCACCGGCGAAUGAAUGGCAAUGGCGACGGCGAGAGCGGCGGCGGGGGGCCCGGCGUCUUUGUCCCGGUUCAGGGGAGCGCUGGUCGCGGCGGUGCUGGGAGAUUGCGUCGGCGGAGAGUUUGAAGGCGCUGAAGAGGUCCCCAUGGAGAGCGUGCUGCAGCACCUGAGCAACCUGGACGACGAGACCAAAGGGAAUGGUAUCCUUGAGUACAGUGACGACACCGCAAUGGCCCGCUGUGUGGUCCAGUCUCUACUCACCCGUGCCGGCUUUGAUGAGCAGGACAUGGCUCGCAGGUUCGCUAAGGAGUACAGUAUGUCCCCGGGUCGUGGCUACGGGUCUGGAGUGAUCCAGGUGUUGAAGAAGCUGUCCUCCCCCCAGCUCAGUGACGUGUACCAGCCGGCCAAGGACCAGUUUAAUGGGCGCGGCUCCUUUGGGAACGGGGGAGCCAUGAGGGCGGCUCCCUUUGCGCUGGCUUUCCCGGAUCGGGAUGAUGUGAAAAGGUGCGCCCGUCAGGGUGCCAUGCUGACCCACUCCUGCUCUCUGGGUUAUAACGGGGCAGUGCUUCAGGCGUUAGCCGUCCACCUCUCCCUGCGGGGGGCAAUAGACAAGCCCCAUCAGUUCAUGAGCAAGCUCAUCAAGGAGAUGGAGGAAGUGGAGGGCAACGAAGAGACGCGCAACGAUGCCAGAAUCCUAAAAGAAGCAGAGAAGCCAUUCUGCGAGCGCCUCCAUAGAGUUAUCGACCUGAUGGACAGGAGCAACGUCAGCAUAGAGGAGGUCAUUUCUGAGCUGGGUAACGGCAUUGCGGCGCUCCACUCAGUCCCCACGGCCAUCUUCUGCGUCCUCCACUGCCUGCAGCCCAGAGAAUGCCUCCCGGCAAACUACGGCGGCCUGGAGAGGACGAUAGCGUACAGCCUGGCCCUGGGAGGGGACACAGACACCAUAGCCUGCAUGGCGGGCGCCAUCGCCGGGGCCCACUAUGGCAUUGAGGCCAUUCCUCAGUCGUGGAUUCGGUGCUGCGAGGGGGCGGAGGACGCAUACAUGAACGCAGAGCGGCUCCAAAUGCUGUACCACCGGUCGACCCUGGGAGGCGGUGGGAGUGGGACGGGGGAGCGGUGCUGCGAAGACACAGCUGAAAGCCAGUCAAGCGCUAAUAACGGCGUUGAGAAGAAAGCUGGAGCUGAAUGACUCUUCAACUGGAGUUUGGAGAAAGAAGAAAAGGGAGGGGAAAAGGACUCUUGAACACACUCACAUUUAAUACCUUUUUUUUUUUUUUUCGGACUUUGAUGGUUAAAUGAGAACGAACUGGUUAUUAAGGGCAGACUAUCUCAACAUUGCAACAUUAUUUUAGUGUUCGAAAUAGCUCAUAAUUAUUAUCAUUAUUUUCUGAGACGCCCAAACGUGGAACUAAAUAAAACUGCUAAAAUUGUCAGGUAACAGAAUAGUGAAGCUAAACAAACAAACAGCAGAUUGACUAGAUUGACUGAGUGAAAACUGUCAUACAGAAAUUUGGUCUGUGUAUACACACACACACACACACACACACUCUCUCACACGCACACACGCUCUAACACAACUCUCUCCCUUCCCCGCUCUGUGUCGAACAAUCCUUUGUCAUGUGAAAGUUGCACUAUGAAUUGGCCAUGCCUUGUUUCAUCUUUUUGGUGGAUAACAACUAUUUAAUAAACUGUUCUUCUUUUAUUCACAUAA